AGAAACUGAAAUCGAUGAAGAGAUUGGAAGAGGAUAAGGAAUUGGAAGAGAUUGUGAAACGGGAUAUAAGGAACUGGAUUAUCCGUGACUUUUGUUAUGAUGCCAAGCUAACGUAUGACCGAGAUUCAACCGAUUUCUGUAAUCCUGAAGAAAUGCAGAGGCUCAAAGGUUAUGCACAAAUGGCAAUUGAUGUGUUCAACAAAAGACAGCCCAUCCAAUACAGUGUGGAGGAAAUCGACAUGGCAACCACACGUAUCGUCGAUGAUGGAUUUAUAGUGUUUCUGCUUUUUACCGCCAUGGCGGAUGCUGUCCAUCAAUUUAACAGUGUCGAUUUUUUCAGAGCAGAUAUUCACGGUGGAACCCAACUUACUGAAGUAACCUAUGUCGAUUACUCCUUUCUUUAUUUUUGCUAGUAAGUUUUGCAUCCUUUUUGUUCUCUUUUCGUAAAGCUUCUAUUAUAUAUAUAUACACACAUAUGUUUCGUAAUUUUACAUAUGCUUCAUAU